AUGGGUGAAAUAGACAAAAGUAUCGAAAUGCUACAACGGGAAUACUUUUCCAUGAUUCCACUACGAUUUGUUUUUGGAUCGAUCAAGGACAUAACUCUGGAUGUUGAUAUCCAAACAAAAAUUCUAUACAAGACUAUCAAAUUCAAGCUUCACGACAAUUAUCCUGUUUCUAAGCGCUAUACAAUAGCAUUUCUAAACGAGUUUAUCAGUAAGUGUGAGAAGGCAGGAUGUGAAAUAAUUGACGAAUUAUACGAAAUCUAUACUGGAUACAUCAGCGUGAAAUUAAAACCAGAACAAUACUUUUAUAAGUCCUAUCUACUGCCGUCUGGAAAAACGAUAUCAAUUUCUACCGCUCCGCAAUUCGUUGCCCAUGGUACGACUGGUCUUAACAUUUGGCCCGCCUCAUUUGCUCUCAACGAAUGGAUUUAUCAAAACAAGAGCAUUUUCGAUAAUCGAUCAGUUUUAGAACUUGGAUCUGGUGUUGGCUUAACCGGUAUCUUUACUUGCUUAGAAUGUAAACCUCGUCGUUAUACUCUCUCCGAUUGCCAUUGCAUGGUUUUACAACGCUUGGAAAAAAAUCUUACCAUCAAUUUGAAGGAUUUGGAUAACUAUAACCUUGAUAUCAAGUAUUCCUCUGAUGAUAUUAUCCAAAAUGGCAUACAUAAAACAGCUAAAAGCACCGUUGAAUUGAUCGGUUUGAACUGCGAAACUGCAAGCGAACACGAUCUUUCUAAGCUUCAAUCCGACAUUAUUUUAGCAUCUGAUUUAAUCUUCGACAUGAGGCUAAUUAGCUCAUUGGUAAGAACUUUGCAGUGCUUGCUAAGAAAUACAGAUACAAAUAAAUCGGAGACGAAGCCAGUUGCCUAUAUAUGUUCCACCGUUAGGAGCGAAAAUACAUACAAUUUCUUUAUGUCAGAGCUGGAUGCUGCGGGUAUUCAUUAUGAACACAUAGAUUUCAAUCCUAAGAAUGUAUGUUUUAUCAACUUAGAAUCUGAAAGAACGAAACUACUCAAGCUAUGGUCGUCAUAGUUUC